AUGCAGUCAAAUGGCCAAUACGAGGAACUGCCUCAGGAUUUCCUUAUGCAGCAGCUCAAAAAUAGUUUGACCACCGAUGAAAAUUUAGGAAAAGAUGCCUCUCCUCGAGCAAACACCAACGAUUACAUUUCUUAUGAGAUGGGUGGGGUAGACCAAGAGUUUCAACCUGAUGGUAGUUAUGCUUUUCCAAUAGAUCCCGCCAGAACGUUCAGCAAAGAGCCAAACAAAGGUUUAGACAUUGAUUUUGUUCUCGUAUAUAAAAUUCCUGUACAUGUGAAGGAUCCAGAGCUAAAAUCUGGAGAUUCAACUCCAUUGCAGGUCCCUACUGGAGGUGAUGGAGCAGCGACCCCUCAACCAACUGUUAAACUGGCCGGGAGGAAAAGUUCUUUCGAUCAGUCUGGAGCAGAUCAGAUUCUGAUAGACGCGAGAAGGCAGGAAGAGAAACAAGUGAAAUACAGGAGAAACUUUCACAAGAAUAUUAAGGGUAUGGGUAUUGCUAUAGAAACAGACGAGUUCAGGGCGUCUGGUGACCAUUUGCGGGUUGUGAAGCUGAGUGUACCCAAUAGGAUACUUAUGAAGUGGGCAGAGAAGUUCGGCUUCGAGAAAGCUCUGAAAUGUGAUAGAAAAGCUCAUUUGGAACGAAAUCGAGGUGCAGCCGAAAAGAAGACAAAAAAGAUGAACAAGCGGAUGUUUGAUGACUUUCCGAAAAUGUCUGAUGAAGAGUCUGAGUCCAGUGAUGACGAUGACGAGGGGGACGAGAAGUCAGGGUUGUUCAGCUGGUUUAAGGACAAGAUAUUUCACUUCUUGCACGGGAAAGACACCUUCUAUGCCAACAUGAGGAAGAAUUUUUUUCCAAAGAUCGUCAAAGCUCCUUUCGUCGUUCACCAUGCUGAUAAGUUCCUGGGUUUUGAAAGGAGAGACUUCUUCAGUCCAGCUGAGAGAAGCAUAGUUGUCUACAGAAUUCUGCAGCAGGCUGUUUACUUGAAAGAGGGAAACAGAGAACUAUUUGGGGUGGAUGAAUUGGUAGCCAAUGGAACUUACAAAGCAGCUUACCCUCUACAUGACGGACCAUAUGAAAUCGACCGAACUCAACGACCUAAGAACCACAGGCAGCUUCUACGAUUCUACUGGGCCAGUUUCCGACAGUGGAACAAAUAUCAACCUCUCAACGAAAUAAGAAACUACUUCGGGGAAAAAGUCGGGAUGUAUUUUGCGUGGACAGGUUUUUACACUCAAUCACUCUUCAUCCCAGCAAUCAUGGGAACGUUGGUGUUUGGAUAUGGAAUUGUCAUUCGAGGAGAAGAUUUCAUAAGCACUGAAAUCUGUGAGAGCGGUAAAAAGUACAAAAUGUGUCCCUUGUGUGAGGACGAAGGUUGCGAAAUGUACUUCAUAAAAGACAUCUGCAAAACAGCCCAGCAAGCAACGUCAGUGAACAACCCCGCCACUCUCCUCUUCUGCAUCUUCAUGUCCAUUUGGGUGGCAUACUUUCUAGAAAUGUGGAAGAGAAAGGAGGCCAUGCUGGGCCACAUUUGGGGAACUCUCAAGACACAACACUCCACCGCUCAAAUAAGACCCACCUACACCCAGAACUGCGACAAGUGGAAGUUCAACCCCAGAUCACAGCGCAACGAGCCGUGCAUGAGCAGCCGGAAACGGUAUCCCAGAUACAUCACAACCUUCGUUUCAAUACUCGUAAUCCUGGGGUGCGUGGUCAUAUUCGCUCUGGCGGUCAUUGUUUACGAUCUGGCGGUCUACCUGGCUCUCUCCAACAAUCCAGACACAGCCAAGUACGCUAAGUGGUUAUCAGCAGUGAGUGCUGGGGUGAUGAGUUUGACACUGAUCAUCAUCAUGAGCAAGUACUACACUUACUUUGCUAUUACCAUGACCGAGUGGGAAAACCACAAAACUCAGUUUGAGUACGAGAAUAAUCUGACCAUCAGGAGGUAUAUUUUCGAAGUGUUCAACUUCUACAGUACUCUCGUCUACAUUGGCUUCUUCAAAGGCAAGAUAAAUGGGUACCCCGGGAAAUACCCAAGAGUUUUUGGGGUAAAGAUGGAAGACUGCCCUCCAGGUGGCUGUAUCUCUGAGCUGGCUACACAGAUGGCCAUCAUUCUGGCUGGAAAACAGUUCAUCUUCACCUUCUCCCAAUUCGUCAUCCCCAUCAUUAUCAGCAACAAGAACAGCUGCCUAAAAGCGAUAAAACCGAAGAAACAGAAGAAGAAAGACCCAACAAAGAAGACGAAAUCUCCCUGGGAGAGGGAUUACCAGCUAGCUGAGACACGCGAUGUAUUUGCGGAGUAUUUGGAAAUGGUUAUCCAGUAUGGGUUCGUGACCAUUUUCGUAGCUGCAUUCCCUUUAGCGCCCCUACUAGCCCUGGUGAAUAACCUCCUGGAAAUGAGAUUGGAUAGUUUCAAGUUUGUAGCUCAGCUCCGCAGACCUAUUGGAUUUAAGAGUAAAGACAUCGGAAUCUGGUCUGACAUCCUAGCUGCAGUGGGUAAGAUAGCGGUGGUGUGCAACGCCUUCAUAAUAGCAUUCUCCUCCGACUUCUUACCGAUGAUGCUGUUCGCGAUGGAUUUCAGGGAGAAGAAUGCCAAAAGAAAGAACAUGCUGUCAGGGUAUGUUAACUUCAGCUUGGCAGUGGCUUCCCCGGAGAUGACAGGCUACUCGGAACCUUGUAGGUACUGGGCUUAUAGAGACGAACAGGGAAGUUACAAUCUCUUCUUCUGGAAACUCACGACUGUUAGGCUACUGUUCGUCAUUGUGUUCGAACAUGUUGUUUUAGGAGUUGUUAAGAUGAUAGAUAUAUUUAUCCCGGAUAUGCCCGAUUCUGUACAGCUCAGAAUAGACAUUGACGAGAUUAUCGCAAACGAUAUCGUCAACGAUGAUGAUAGCAUCAAGAAAAAAUUCACAUCUGUGGGCACUAAUACUCAGAAAGGAAUGAAGAAGGGUGAUGAACAGAUCCAAAAGGAUGCAGAUACCAAAGUAUAG